AUGAUCAACAAGCGGAAUGGCUGGCAAGUCCUAGCUCAAACGAAAAAGCAGGAUAUUCUCGAUGCAAUACCGCAGAAAUGGAGAAUGCCCAAUCCUUUACCACCUCCAAGCGAGCUACGGGAUUGUACAGGUCUAUAUAUUCAGCAGUAUCUGACAUCCCGGGAGGUGGAAAUCACAGAGGCAGAUGCCGUGUCCAUCACCGAAAAGACAACCGUGGGCGCCUGGAGCGCGGUCGAGGUCACCGAGGCAUUCUGUCACCGGGCGGCCCUUGCGCAUCAAAUGGUAAAUUGCCUCCAUGAGAUAUUCUUCGAAGAGGCACUCCGCACAGCGAGGGAACUUGAUGCGUAUUUUGCAACGCACAAGAAGCCCAUGGGUUCUCUGCACGGCCUCCCAAUCAGCCUGAAAGAUCAGUUCCACGUCAAGGGAGUUGAAACGACGAUGGGGUACGUGGGAUGGAUUGGGACCUUCGAAGGCAAACCAGACGAUCCGAAUGCCCGAAGCUUCGAAAGUGAGCUUGUCAAAGAGCUUCGGAGCCUCGGAGCAGUCCUAUUUUGCAAAACAAGUGUGCCUACUACAUUGAUGGCUGGCGAAACUGCCAACAACAUCAUCGGAUACACUUGGAACCCUAAAAACCGCCAUCUCUCAAGCGGAGGAAGUUCAGGUGGCGAAGGCGCGUUGAUUGCGCUGAGAGGAUCGCCUGCUGGAUUUGGCACAGAUAUAGGUGGCAGCAUACGUGUCCCGGCCGCCUUCAAUGGUAUCUUUGGUCUGCGUCCGUCCGCUGGAAGACUGCCGUACGAAGGCGCAGCAAACUCCAUGGACGGCCAGAACACUAUCUUGUCGGUGGUUGGACCCAUGGCUACCACAGCUCGCUCUUUGAAGCUGCUAGUCAAGGCAGUUUUACAACAAGAGCCCUGGAAUCACGACCCUCUGGUCCUUGAGCUGCCAUGGCGGAGCUCGGUCGAGGAGCAAAUUCAGAACUUCACGAGUGGAGAUCAUUCUCAGCUCACCUUUGCCAUUAUGCGCCACGAUGAGGUGGUGGUACCUCACCCGCCAAUCAAGAGAGCCUUGCAUUCUAUUGAGGAGAUGUUGAGAGAAAAAGGUCAUCAAGUUAUUGAUUGGUGUCCGCCUUCCCACCAAAUUGCGCAUGCUAUCGCGAAAGAAACUUUUGAGUUAGAUGGCGGGCAGGAUGUCCAUACCCAUCUUGCUUCCUCGGGCGAGCCACAGCUCCCACAAUGCUUUGUGGCGAAAACCACACAUAUGAAGGCCGCACAGAUUGCUGCCCUGAAUAUCAGAAAGCGAAGAUAUCAAAAAACAUACUUGGACUACUGGAACUCGACAUCGAAGCUUACUCGAAAUGGUCGACCAGUCGACGCGAUCAUAUGCCCCACGGCGCCUCACGCGGCUGUUAUCCCAGGAUGCUUCCGUCAUGUCGGGUAUACUAGCUUUGUGAAUGUUUUGGAUUAUACGAGCGUCGUGAUUCCUGUCACCCACGCUAAUGAGAAGAUAGACCAGCUUGAGAAUAUUGGUCGGGGACAUGAUUCCAAUGCUCAUUGGGAAUAUGAUCCAUUAGUCUAUAAUGGUGCACCUGUGGGCCUUCAGUUGAUUGGUCGGCGUCUGGAGGAAGAGAAAAUUCUUUGCUUAGCGGACUACAUUUCUAACAGCUUGAGCGAGGUAUCUCUCGCGGCCCGAACCUCUUAG